GUCAUCAAUUGUUCUGCCAGCGCCAAACUGUUCCAUAAAACAUUGCAUAAUUGGGCCAUCACAUGUACAACCGACGGUAGAUGCUGGCGAGGCAUGAUAUUAUAACACGAGCAAAGUGUUAGAACAUCACUGUGAUCCUCGUUACUCCAUCUCAGAGGUUUGACGUACGAAUUACUCGUUGAAUAAGACAAGAAAAUGCCGUCUUCCAUGGCAUUCAAUUCGUCUUCCCCUUCCCCGUCCAUCUUCAAGGACAAAAAACCCCUCAGCCAGUUGUCAUCAAUGACGACGGCAGCAUCGUACUUUUCUGUUGUUCAGAAAGCAGAUUCCUACACUCGCACUCGCAGUCACAGCAACUCCUCUGUGGUAUCAACACCUGUACCUUCCCUCUCCUCUUCUGCUACGGCUUCAUCCAAAGAUGCCGUCCUCAACGAGGAUGACGAGAACAACUGUCUAGUGAACCCCCACACGCCACCCACGUCCGAGCAGGUCUUCACUACCCCUCACACAGAGUUUGGUCACUGUGCGAAUGAAGCUUAUCGUUGCGUCUCUAAGCAUGACUACUCGAAACCUUUCCAGGAGUACACCACCGAGGAGCCUCCAUAUUAUAUUCACCUCGCCACCUACAUAAGCUACCUCAUUCUCCACAUAUUUGGACAUUUGCGGGAUUUCUUCGGAAAGCGUUUUGCCAAAUCUUAUUUCACCCACCUUGUGCCCCAAAAUGGUUACGCGCCGUUAACCCCGGGUUUUGAAUCGUUCGCCAACCGACGGCUCCAGUGUCGCGUGAGUGACUGCUACCACCAGCCUAUCACGGGUGUCCCUGGCCGCACUGUUCUUGUCCUCGACCGUUAUUCUACCGAUUAUAACUAUACGCAGAUCUACACUGGUGGCAAGACACGCGCCCUGAACAUCUCAUCGUACAACUACCUCGCCUUCUCUCAGGGCCACGGCAGCUGGGCAGAUGCAGUCGCGGAGAGCAUCCGCCGUUAUGGCGUCUCCAGCUGCGGCACGCGUCUUGAAAGUGGGGGCAACGAUCUUCACAUGGCCGCCGAAGCCCUUAUUGCGCGUUUUUUGGGCACGGAGGACGCUUUGGUCUGUUCUAUGGGCUUCGCAACCAACUCCACUUUCAUCCCUGGACUCGCGGGAAAGGGGUCCUUGAUCAUUUCCGACGAGCUGAAUCAUGCUAGUAUGCGGGUCGGUAUACGCCAGAGCGGUGCGCAUGUCCGGGUAUUCAAGCACAAUAAUAUGUCAAGUUUUGAGUCUCUGCUGCGUGAGGCGGUAAGCCAGGGCCAUCCUAAGACGCAUCGUCCUUGGAAGAAAAUUUUGGUCAUCGUCGAGGGUUUAUACUCCAUGGAGGGAACGCUCGUGAACCUACCUAGGAUUGUCGAGCUGAAGCAGAAAUACAAGUUCUAUCUCUACGUUGAUGAGGCACACUCGAUCGGAUCGCUCGGGUCUCGGGGACGGGGUGUCACGGACUACUUCAACAUCCCUCCUGGUUCAAUUGACGUUCUUAUGGGCACGUUCAGCAAGGGUUUUGGUGCCGCUGGAGGAUAUAUCUCAGGACCGAAACCCCUUAUUGAUGCUCUCCGCCUGCGCAGUCACUCGGGUCCGUAUGCGGAAGCCAUAGCGCCAGCCGUGAUCACACAGGUUGUUGUGUCGAUGGCCAGCAUUAUGGGCGUCGCCCCAGCACGCCUUGAUAGCUCGAUCGUCGCGCCGAAGGGCAGCGCAGAGGAGCUCCAAGGAAUGGCGCCUGCCAGUAUGCUGCCGACGUGGAUGACCCUUCGUCCGUCUCUCGCGGACGGAUCUGAAGCUCGCAUGCGUAUGCGCCGCCUUGCCUUCAACUGCCGUUAUCUGCACACUGGCCUCAAGAAACUCGGCUUCAUCGUCUACGGACAUGCCUCCAGCCCUAUUGUUCCUCUGCUUAUCUUUAACCCGGGCAAAUUGCCCGUGUUCGUGCGUAUGAUGCGUGCACGCCCUAUACCAAUCGCUGUCGUUGUCGUAACGUACCCCGCCACUCCGUUUGAGACGGGUCGUGUGCGGCUCUGUCCUAGCGCAUCGCAUACAAAGGAGGAUAUAGACAUCGUGUUGCGGGCGUGCGACGAGGUCGGCGGAAUUUUGGACAUGAAACAUGGUUCUUGCAAGCGGUGGGGAAUUGAUGAAGUAUGUGAGCGCGCAGUGGAGCUUGUGCACUCUGUAUGAACGCCUGCAUGGCUGUUUCGCCUGUUUUUUGCUCGGUUUUUGUUUCAAGUUGUUCGCUUUUGGCUGGUCAUCAUUCGAUGGUGGAUCUUUGGUUGAUGACCAGUCCGUAAUCACUAAAAUUGAUAUUGCUUGUGUCAAGUAGAUAGAAGCGCGUUCUUUUGUUACCUGCAAUAGUAUACACCAGCCGCAGAUUGUC